CGUCAUCAAACCUGCCAUCCCAAUUUUGAGAAAAAAGUGAAAAGUAAAACAAUGGAAAACGGGAACAGUAUCAUAUCCCGGGAGACGCUUGACCAGGUGGCGAGCUGGCUCAGCGUCACCGUGUCCACCGCCUUCUUCUCCUCCCUCGAGCGCUUCUCGUGCGUCAACCUCUCCACCACCGACUCCGACUACGAAGACGACGACGAGGCCAAGGACCGCCCUCUCACCCUCACCAAUCACAACAACGAACCUCCAAACGACGUCGCUAAUCUCCCCGUCUGAUCUAUCCCCCCCUCUCUCUCUCUCUCUGCGGUAUUAUCUUCGUUUGUAUUUUAAUUAGGGUUUAUCGAAAACAGCUUGUGGUUCUGAAUUUCAUGCGGGUGUGUCAAUGUGUGAUGGAUGGGGAAUGUAUGAGCUACAUAAUACGGAUUGCAGUAGAACAUAUUGAAAUUGUUGAUUAAUAAAUUUGGUCCUCUUGAAUCCA